AUGGCACGAAGCAUCACCGUCAUUCUGUACGCCGCAGCCUUGCUGGCAACAGCUGCUCACGCUCAGCCUGGCUACGGAUGGUGGGGCGGCAACGACGACCGCGACGGCUGCCCGCCAUGGGCAAGCGACUGUGAUGGCUCAGACGACAGUGGCAGCAGCGAUGGCUCGUCCUCGAACAGCGUGACCCAAACAGAGCUCUUCAACAACGCUGCCCAAUUCAGCAACGCAACUCGGAUCCUCAUCGCCCAUGCCGUCCUGGCAUCGCUCGUCUGGGUCAUGUUCAUCCCGUCCUUCGCCAUCCUGCUCCGCCUCAACCUGAAGAAUCCGAUCGUGCUGAAAAUCCACGCUGCUGGCCAAAUUCUCAGCUAUGUCAUCUACAUCGUUGCCGUCGGGAUGGGCAUCUGGAUCGCCCAACAGCUGGACCAGUACGCCGACGUCUGGAGCGAUCCUCACCCGCGGCUCGGCGUUGCGAUCCUGGCGUUGGCCUUGUUCCAACCCAUCUUCGGUGGCAUCCAUCAUUCCAUUUACAAAAAACGCGCCCGGAAUGUCCAUAGUGGCAAGCACACCAAACCUCCCGGCCGGACAGUCCCAGGCCACAUCCACCUCUGGCUCGGGCGAAGUCUGAUCGUGCUCGGCAUGAUCAAUGGCGGCCUAGGCAUCCGUCUGGCAUCAUUCAGCCCUUUCCAGACGAACGCGACAUCCACCAAGGUGAAGAUCGCUUAUGGUGUCGUUGCCGCGACCAUGUUCUUGCUCUACCUGUUCUUCGUGGUCGGGUUCGAGAUUAGAAGGGUGAGGAGCAGAGGGAGCGAGGGGGCAGGCAGGAGGGAGGAGGUCGUCAGGAACAGGAACAAGGACGGCGGACUGCCCAGCUACGACGAGAGCGAGGAGUCGGUCGGCAUGAGCACUCGGUCUGAGCGAACCCACAGGACCGUGUAA